AUGACUAUGUCUACCAACCAUCUACUGCAGCUUUGCUUGGAGAAGGCUCAAGCCCUUUUUUCCCAACUGCCACCAAAUGCUCAGGAUUACCUAUCCCGCCCAUUUGUUCACAAGGCGAUCGCAUUUGUGACAGCCAUUCAAUCUCUGAGAAUUCUCAACAGGUAUCUAUCCCAAAGGGCGCAGAACAACUGGGUCCGCUCACGUCCUUGGGAUGCAUCCAAAGAGUUGGUGCUUCUCACAGGAGGAAGCAGUGGAAUCGGAAAGCAAAUAAUGCAGGACUUGUCCAGGCUUCAUGUCAAGGUUGUCAUCUUUGAUAUUCAGGAGCCCAAGUUUCCUUUGCCAUCAAACGUGUUUUUCUACAAGGUCGAUCUUACAUCCUCAGCCGCAAUUAAAGAGGUAGCUACCCAAGUACGAAGGGACCAUGACCAUCCGACUGUCUUGAUCAAUAACGCCGGUGUGGGUUUCAUGGGCACCGUCCUGGACAAACCGGAAGAAAAGAUACGCCUGACCGUUGAGGUCAACACCCUAUCCCAUUUCUGGACUGUGAAGGAGUUCUUGCCUAGUAUGAUCAAAAAUGAUCAUGGCCAUAUUGUGAACAUCGCCAGCUUGGCCAGCUUUCUAGCCCUGGGACAAAUGGCCGACUACGCAUCCUCGAAGGCUGGGGCCCUUGCAUUCCAUGAAAGUUUGACCCAGGAGCUCAAGCACUGGUAUGGCGCAAGAAGGGUACGCACGAGUGUCAUCCACCCGUCAUGGGUUCAGACACCCAUGAUCAAUGACCUCGUUCAAAACCGCUCACAGUUUGGACAGCCCAUUUUGACACCUGAAAAGGUUUCCCAAGCAGUGUUGAAGCAACUUGUAAAUGGAAAUGGGGGCCAGGUCGUUGUUCCCUCGUCUCACAGCCUCGCCGCGCUGAUCCGCGGGCUUCCGAACUGGAUUCAGGAACGCUUGCGAGAUCAUGCCUCACAAAGCUUUGUCAGAUUACGGCGCUUGGAGCAAGAGUUGGCAGGCUCGCAAGACUAA